AUGGCUCCAAGAAGAAUUACGUCAACUCGCGUCUUGGCUUCAUCUUUGACUUCCAUCUACCUCCAAGGCGUCGUAGACGGGGUACCAGUGCGUGCACUUGUCGAUACCGUCGCAACAACCUCUGUAAUCCGGCCAGAAGUUCUAGUGAAAGCAAACCGAGUUGUCCCAGCAAACUCCGGUGACUAUGCUCUACAGACCGCAACAGGGGAGACGGUAGCUGUACUCGGCUACACUACCGUGCCUUUCACCGUGGGAAGCCUUCAAGCUGCUUUGCCCGUUGUCGUCGCGGCUGUCGAGGAGCAGUGCAUUCUUGGCGUUGACUUUCUCAAAGCACACAAAUGUGUGCUUGACUUCAAUGCCGGAUUGCUGCACUUGGGAACCGACUCGUUUCCCCUGGGUGCUGCCACAGUGACGGUUCUUUGCGACAGUGGACUUCCAAUAAAUGCCGAGUUCCCGUGUCCGUGUCUCCACGUAUUACCAACCAAGUUGGACCCACACGUGUUACUUCUCUACGAGGGCGCGACUGUUGGCCUCGAUAAAACCUGCGCGGGUGUUGGGAGAAGGAGGCUUGUGUAUCCACAUGUAAUAGAGGCUCGAACUGACGGGGAUCAGCUAACACUCUUUAUCGAUGAAGACACCACUCUAUCUCUGCAACCAGCCGAUGUUUUUUCGAAGUCGUUUUUGUUGCAGUACGAAGAAGGGGGAACCCCUGUGAAGCAAUAUAUGAAUGGAAUGGAGCUUAACAAAAUGGUAUAUCAUGAUACGGAUCAAAGGGCGGCCGUUUCUCUUGAAAGGGAUAAUGGACUACGCGUGCAUGGAAUUAUCCGUGACUCACUACGAAUAAGACCGGUUGGUAUUACUGGGAGGUCUAGUGCCGGACGCAUUCCACACGAAAUUUUUGAAGAUGAAGAGCACUUUUCAAAUACACGGGGUGAUUACUUUGCAGAUAAGCCACUUCAACCCGCUCAACUCAUCAAGGAGAGGGAUAUACAAGUUCCCGACACGGUGCGCCCAGAAAUAUUGAUGAUGGUGGAUACUGGCAGUUACAGGAAACAAAAGAAGCCGUUAACUGCAGCAUUCUACUACGGUGUACUUGUGGCUGCUGUCAACAUUCGAUAUGCUUCUAUGACCAGACCGAAUUUGAAAGUCAAAUUAUGUUCUGUGCAAAUUAUGUCGAAAAGCCUAACCAGGAAGUUGUAUGCAUUAAUAGAAUAUGGUAGCACCUCCUAUCUGGACGCCAAAGCUACACUUUCCAACCUUAAAGAGGAAAUACAACUGCCAUCAUACGAUUUGUACGAUGCUGUCCUUAUGUCAACAAACAAAAAGAUGGCGACUAUUAAGGACAGCAUCGUGAGCACGGGACUAGAUGGUUUUGCAUUUCUUGGGACUAUCUGCACAUCCGAAAAAGUGGGAAUUGUGGAAGAUAAUGGCCUUACCCGUCAGGGAGUACAUAGCAUUGCUCAUGAACUUGGACACCUAGAGAGCCAAUUUGAAUGCCUGAGAACUGAAACGCAUGACACCAAUCUAGAAGCAAAAAGGCUGCCUGGCAGUUUUACAAUUCCAAACGAAAUUUGCGAGAAGGAACUUCUAGCUCUAAAACGUGCUGGUGGAUUUCAUCAAGAUGAGGAAAUUAUGUUGCAGAGAUGUAUUCUCCAUUGUAAAACGCCUCGUGAUGAAAAUGGCUUAACUUGGAAUCUGAUGGUACCAGCCGACGACGGGACACCUUGCAGCAAAAAGCCUCCGAAGCAUUGCAUAGCUGAGGAAUGUGUUUCAGUUUCGGAAUAA